AUGAUGACAAAUAUAAACGAAGUGUGGUUAAACAAGCACAAAUUGAAGGAAAGUCGUACAAAUCCUAUAAGGGUAGAGAUGUUGUUGCCAAGCAGAUUGGACAGCCUUGCAGACGAAGAUAGAGAAGAAAGGAAAAUUUUAGUUGAAGCCUUAAAACAGGCCCGGGCACAAAAUAAGAAAGCUGUUAUAAGAAGAAGCAAGAUAAUAAUAGAAGGACAGUUUUACACCGCUCAAGAAUUAUCAGAAGAAAAAAUUAGUGAUGGAAACAUAUCGUCAGUAUUUUCCUCACCAGUUAAAAAAAAAACAGUAAGUGAACCUGCGACACCAACACCAACAGAAGCAAAGAGUGAAAAUAAAGUAGAAAUAGAGGCUCAUCUCUCCAAUAAUACACAGUACAAAAUUAAUAGUAGAACACAAGUCAACCUAAGAAAAAGAGGACAAACCGAAGAAUACUUAAAAAGAAGGAACUUCAAGAGUUAUUCAAGAGAAGAGAAAAGAAAAAUUAUAUGA